UUGUUAUAACUUCUUCAAUCUUUGGCUACGCAGUUAAUUAAGAAUCUUUAAAAAAAAACGAUUGAAUUACUAGCAACGAUCCUGUCUUCAACGGUGAAGGCUUAUUUUUUUUCGGGCCUAGCCCAUUGGGCUCUCUUGGCCCAAAAGCAAGGAGAAAUGUCGAUUCGGACGGUAGUUCACCGUUACUUACAAAAUGUUCGGGCUCUACUGCAUUCCUUCAGAAAUACCGAGUGUUUCUACUCUAAUUAUCACCCAAGAAACUAUCACGACAAGAUACACGUUGCACAAGUAGGCAAGUCCCAGGGCUGCCUGCCCCAGGGUAAUAGUAAUGUGUCUGGCACAGGAAAGCGUCUCGGUUAUUUGGGGGCCCAUACCCGACAAAUUUUCGUGGAUAAUAUCUUAAAACGGGUGACCAAUAGUUUGGCUGCUGAUUUGCGUAGACGAACUGCUAGUAAAUUAGUUUUUGGUGGAGACUCAGCUCCUUUCUUUGCUUUGGUUGGUGUGUCAUUGGCAUCUGGUACUGGAAUAUUAACAAAAGAUGAUGAAUUGGAAGGAGUAUGUUGGGAAAUUCGGGAGGCUGUAUCAAAAGUACAAUGGAAUGCGCCACAAAAUGACAAAAAUUAUGAGACACUAGACAAUGAAGAAAAGAUUAUCACUUUAAAGGAUUUCAUUAUUGGCCCUGUUAUUGCAAAAGGAUGCUCAGCUGUUGUCUACGCAGCAAGAUUCAACAGUUCUUUCAAUGAUGAACCAAAUAAAAAAGGCCAAAUAAAUAUUGAUGAUAAGACCAAAGAUAUAACUGCAUUCCCAUUGGCAUUAAAAAUGAUGUUCAACUAUGACACUGAAUCAAAUGCAUUAUCCAUCCUGAGAUCCAUGUAUCGAGAAACUGUACCGGCCAGAAAAUAUUUGAAAAACGAAGAAUUAGCUGAAUGGGAAUUAAAGAUGGCUGAAAGAAAAGCUAAGCUUCCGCCACACCCAAAUAUUGUAGCAGUGUAUUAUGUUUUUACUGAUAAAGUACCAGCUUUACCAGGAUCAUGGGGAAUGUACCCUGAUGCAUUACCUACAAGAAUCAAUCCCCAUGGAUCUGGAAGGAACAUGAGCUUGUUUUUGCUAAUGAAAAGAUAUGACAUUACAUUGAAACAAUAUUUGAGUGAUCACCACUUGAGUACAAGGGAAUCAAUAUUAUUACUGGCACAGUUACUAGAAGGAGUGACACACUUGAAUGCACACGGCAUUGCACACCGCGAUCUAAAGAGCGACAACAUUUUAUUAGACUUGUCAGAAGUAGCGGAUAAUUGCCCGUCUUUGGUAAUCACAGACUUUGGAUGUUGUUUAGCAGACAAACGUUAUGGAUUAUAUCUGCCAUACAAUACUCAUGAUGUCGAUAAAGGCGGAAAUGCAGCUUUAAUGGCACCAGAAGUGAUAACAGCAGAACCUGGUUCAUUUACUAGUAUCAAUUACACGAAAGCCGACCUAUGGACCGUUGGGACCAUAGCAUACGAAAUAUUUGGCAUGAAAAAUCCGUUUCACAAUAAUAAGGAAGGAAUUUUUUUUAAAAAUUAUAAUUAUAAAGAGGAAGAUCUCCUUCCUCUGCCUAACCACGUGCCAAGCAUUAUCUCUGCAUUAGUAAAAAAUUUAUUAUCGAGAAAUUUAAAUAAGAGACUCGAUACGGAAACUGCAGCAACUAUAAUACAAUUGCACUUAUGGGCACCAAGCGUUUGGCUCCAAAGUGAAUGGAAAUUACCCUCAUCUAAUGAAAUUAUGCAAUGGCUUUUGUGCUUAACUACAAAAAUACUUUGCGAAGGACAGAAUAAUAUGCUGCCAGAAGUAUUGCCCAAUGAGAAUGCCCAGGAAUAUGAAAAGAGAAAUUCUUAUAAUAGAUUACUUUCUACAAAAUCCUGUGGGAGACGUACUAUGCCAGAGUAUCAAUUAAUUGCUAGCUUCCUUGGUAGAGUUACACUCGGUAACAUAAGAACUGCCUUAAAAUGGAUUCAGCAAAAUAUAUAAUAUAUUGUUUAUCCAAGAAAAAAAACGUAAAGAAAG